AUGCAAACCCCCUCCUUCACCUACAUAUCCUCUAGUGAAAGCGUGUGUAUAGAAGUUGAUGUCCAAAAAGUCGACGAGGAUUCCCUCUUUCUUUCCCUUGGACCUCCUGGCCAAAGCAUCACCAAACGCCCCAACUAUCGCCCUCGUUUGAACCAGAAGCAGCAAAUUGAGGAAAACGCUACUAGUGAAAGCGGUGUAACUGUAGCUCUCCAUAGUGGUCCUCCUACCGCUGGAGCCAGCACUAGCAACCCUAAUCACAUUGGCUCUCUCGUUGAAGGCCAGUACUGGAUUCCAUCCCCCGCACAAAUUCUUGUUGGUCCAACACAGUUCUCUUGUGCUGUCUGCAACAAAACAUUCAACAGAUACAACAAUAUGCAGAUGCAUAUGUGGGGGCACGGAUCACAAUUUAGAAAAGGCCCUGAAUCUUUAAGAGGAGCAAAACAAGCUUCUUCAAUGCUAAGACUGCCUUGUUAUUGCUGUGCUGAGGGGUGCAAGAACAAUAUUGAGCACCCAAGAUCAAGGCCAUUGAAGGAUUUCAGGACCCUGCAGACACAUUACAAGCGAAAGCACGGUGCGAAGCCUUUUCGAUGCAGAAAAUGUGGCAAACCCUUUGCAGUCAGAGGAGAUUGGAGGACACAUGAGAAGAACUGUGGUAAGUCUUGGUUUUGCAUUUGUGGCUCUGAUUUUAAGCAUAAGAGGUCCCUUAAGGACCACGUGCGUGCAUUCGGAGAUGGCCAUGCUCCACAUACAGUGGAAGUAUGUGAAGUUGAAGAAGAACAAGAAAAAGAAGAAGAGGGUGAUGACGAUGAUGAAAACAAUGUAGAUCAAGGUGAUAAUGGAGGUGGUCACGGUCCCGUUUUCUUUUAA